AUGCUGAGCACCGUGGCACGGGGAAUGAUGGCAUGGAUAGUGUCGGCCUUCUUACUUUUUGGCAAGAUGAUGGUCACCCAGGCAGGAUCUUGUUUCCAAGACACGCUGAAACUAGACUUAGUCACCGAAUGGCAGUCCCAGUGUUUCGGUUUCAAAGAUUCCUUGUAUACAUGGUCCGAGGCUGCGCGGGCUUGUCAGCGUAUGGACGCCAAUCUUAUCCGAAUGACGGGACCAGAGGUUCAAGUUAUGAUGGCGGACAAAAUAGCCAAGAUGCACAGCGGACGGCACGAAAUUGUGUCAUUUUGGCUGGGAGCAAGAGACGAGAAAAAGACAAACGAAUGGCGUUGGGAGAAUAAUGAUGCAUUGGAAUGGACCAGCUGGACCGCCGGACCCCAUUCUGGAACGUGUGUCAUCUACGAUGGCUACCUUGCGGGCUGGCGGAAAACUAACUGCGAAUCUUUUGACGCAACAGUAUGUCAGAAAGGUCAACUAUACUGA